AUGUGCAGACUUAGACAAGGAUUUCCUGAGGAACAUCUUGGUCACCUAUUUGAUAUAUCACUCUCAACAGUKAGUCRGAUUGUUAUAUCCUGGGUAAACUUUAUGUACUUGAAACUCRCACAGAUAAACAUUUGGCMCUCAAGAGAAGUCAUUGACAAAACUAUGCCUGAAGCUUUUAAAGCAAAAUACAGUUCUACUAGGGUAAUCAUUGAUUGCACUGAGGUUCGCUGUCAAAUGCCUAGCAGUUUGCAACUUAAUGGAGAGUUAUUCAGUAAUUACAAGAAUCAUACCACACUGAAAGGUUUAGUGGGUAUCUCCCCUGGUGGAKCAAUAACAUUUGUCAGUGAACUGUACACCGGGUCAAUUUCUGACAGAGAAAUUGUGAUACGCAGUGGGUUUCUUGAUCUUCCAUUUACAGACAAGGAUCUAGUGAUGGCUGACAAGGGCUUCACAAUUGAUGACCUUCUACGUCCUUUGRGAGUAGAUUUAAGGUUGCCACCAUUCCUUGGUAGUUCAGAUCAAAUGCCAGCAGAAGAUGUUGUCCUUACUCAAGAAAUUGCUAGUCUUCRAAUUCAUGUCGAGCGUGCGAUUAACAAAAUCAAGAACUUUCAUGUAURGGACCGUGUGGUACCAAUUCAUCAAUUAGGCCUUGUGAAUCAGAUGUGGGCUGUAUGUGCAUUUCUUUGCAAUGUCCAACCCAACAUUAUUUCAACCUAG